AAAGCCCUGCAAACAUAGCCAAAAGCCCUCUUUCUCCAUAGCCUCCUUCUCUCGAUUUUUGCUUUUGGGUUCAGUCAAGUUCUCAACUUGCUCACAUAUUUGGAUACCCACUUUCUUCUUCUUCUUGCUUUGCAUUGGUUUCAAGUGAAGCUAAGUAGUCUAAGUGCUGUAGUUGAGCUAUUUUCUCAUAGAGAAGAUGGGACUUAAGGACAAGAAGAAGAGCAAAAAGAACAAGGAGCUUGCCCAGAGAGAUUUGGAGCCUGUUGAAAAGGAUAAAAAGGCCGGACCUUCAGAGAUGAGAAAGAGAAAAAGAGACAAGGAAAACAAUGGUGAUUUGAGAAAAGACGUUCAGAUCUCUAUUGAAGAUAAUUCUCCUAAAGCGGCCAAUGACAAGAAAAGGACAACGAAACUGAGGAAAGGAAAAGUAAAGAAGGUGAAGAACAAUCACGGUUUGGAUGGACAACAUGAUCCCUCUAAUACUGAUGGUUUUGGUGAAUUAAAUGACGAUGAAGCAGUGGAUGAUCAGAGCCAAUUCGAAAUACAAGGAGAGACUGGAAGUGCUGAAAUGGUGUCCAAUGAAGUUGAUCGUAAGUCAAAGAGACCUAGGAAAAAGAAAAAGGAUCGCAAUUCAUUGGAUGACUUGGAAAAGAGAGUAGAAGCUGUUCAAAGUGAACCUUGUCAUCUCUUUUCAGUGGAUGAGAGCUGCUCAAGAGAAAUAACAAGCAUAUCCAAGAAAUCUCAGAAAAAGAAGAGGGAUAUGAGUUCAUCAAAUCCUAAGAAGCCAUUGGAAAAGAAAGAAGAAGCUAGUCAGGAGGAUGUUUACCUUAUCUCCUCUGAGGAUGAGGGGAGCCCAAAAGGAAUGAAAAAAUGGAUUAUGGAAUACCAGCAAAAUAGACCUGGAUUGAAGGUACUGCAGCAAAGAAUUGAUGAGUUCAUUAUUGCACAUGAGGCAAAAUUGGAACAGGAAAGAAAAGAAAGAGAAGCCCUUUCUGCUGAAGAGGGAUGGCAACUUGUACAACAUCAUAAAGGAAGAAAGAAGACCAAAGAUGCUGAUGGAAUUACAGUAGGUUCUGUUGCCCAGGCUGUUGUAGAAAGCAAGAGGGCCAAGAAGAAGAAUACAGAUGUUGGGCUAGAUUUUUACCGGUUCCAGAGGAAAGAAGCUCAGAGGAAUGAAAUUAUGAUGCUUCAGAGCAAAUUUGAGCAGGAUAAAAAGCGGAUACAGCAGAUAAGAGCAGCAAGGAAAUUCAAACCAUACUGAAUGCACGAUAUUCAUAAGAGUGGAAAAUGAAUGGUUUUUGUCCUGAAUGCUAAGCCAUUAGUGGUAGAGGCAUAUACUUGACGAUGAUGUUUGGUAAUUUGAUAUUGUUUCCUCAACUUGUUUUCAGCAGUGUAAUUGAAAUCCUUGGUAAUUCACUAAUUCAUGAGAACGCACACAGCAUUCAUUGCAUCAAUAUAUCUUAUAUUUUGUC